AGGAGACGCAAUUUUUGAGCAAUUAUACUAUAGUCAUUCCCAUUGCAAUUCAUAGCUUUUUCAUGUCAAUUUUUGUCCUCAAGAAUAAUCUUUCCCACUAAAUAAACAAAUAUUCGAGUGUGUGAAUCCGACGUCCACAUUUUGGCGCCGUCUGUGGGGACUAGAAGAUUCUUGAGUUGUCAGAUUUCUCUCACUACAUUUCCGAGAUAAGCAGCAAUGUCUGGAGCAAGCAUCCCUGAUUCGUCAGUAGCUGAAACUCUCAAAGCCAUGCAGCAAACCAUGUCAGAAAUGUCGCAGAAGUUCUCGGAUGUGGAAAAAGUUGUGGACACGCUUAAAACAACCCAUGUAUCUCUUGGUCAAAGCGUCAAUACUAUUCCAUCUCGUGUUCGUUCUCUAGGUGCAGGAAAUACUGUGGGAGUCCGAAGAAGUAUGUUCAGUACGCCAAACUCCCGUGUGCGAAAUGAAACCAACGAACAAACAACUCCUGACCCAGCAAUUCAACCGGUGGAAGAAGAGACGCAGCUCGGAGAUGAAGACCAGCUUGUGGAUCAGUAUGAUCAAGAAAGCUUCGAUCAGCUCGAAACCAUGAGAAAGGUUAGCCAGGAACUAAGAGAAAUGAAAUCAAAGUUCCACCAGGCCACCAGUUCGGAGCCGGACAUCAACCGAGUCAUCGAGGAAGCUAGGCGAACACCUUUCAUCCCGCGAAUUGCAAAUUUGAGAAUCAAGGAUUCUCGGAAACUCAAACUAGACCCUUACAGUGGAUUAGAAGACCCAAAGAGCUAUCUCGCAGCUUUUCUAAUUGCUGCUGGAAGAGUCGAAUUGGAUGAAGCUGUCGAGGAUGCAGGAUACUGCAAACUCUUCUCGGAAAAUCUUUGCGGACAAGCACUAAUGUGCGUUUCGGAUGCUGACCUUUGGAAUCUAACACAAGGGCCAAAUGAGUCACUUAGAACUUUCAUCACCAAAUUCAAGGGGGUGCUAUCAAAACUCCCAAGAAUCUCGCAGCAGUCAGCUUUAUCUGCCCUACGAAAAAGUUUGUGGCAUGAUUCAAGGUUCAAAGAGGAUCUAAUACUUCACAAACCGGACACGAUUCAAGACGCACUUUUCCGUGCAAAUAACUGGAUGGAAGUAGAAGACGAAAAAGAGAGUUUUGCGAAAAGGAACAAACAAGCAAAACCAGCGGUCACCUUCCCUACCAAAAAAUUCGAGCCUAGGGAGAACCAAGGACCAAAAAAGUUCGGAUCGCAACCCCUCAACAAUACCGUCGGGAAACAAUUUCAAGGAAAAGGAAGGUCAAACACUUGGAUCCGUGACGAAAGUUUGUAUUGUGACAUCCAUAAGGUAACCGGACACUUAACCAAAGACUGUAGUAUCCUCAAAAAACACCUCGCAGAGCUGUGGGCCAGUGGAGAUCUUUCUAAAUUCAAGAUAGAAGAUUUCGUGAAGGAAUAUCACGAAGCAAAGGAUAACCCCAAAGAUCAGAAUUUAAAAAGACCUAGGCAAUCCAACGAAGAAGAACCUAGAAGUUCGAAGGGAAAAAUCAAUGUGAUCCUUGGAGGUUCCAAACUUUGCCGAGAUACGAUCAGUGCCAUAAAGAAGCAUAGGCGAAAUGUUUUACUUAAAGCGAAUUUGGGCGAAGAAAUUGACUUCCAAGGCGCGUCAAUAUCGUUUGACGAAGAAGAAACACGUCACCUCGAAAGGCCUCAUGAUGACGCCCUAGUCAUUACCCUAGACGUUGCCAACUUCGAAGUAUCGAGAAUUCUCAUUGAUACGGGCAGUUCGGUCGACUUAAUCUUUUUAGGUACUCUGGAAAGGAUGGGAAUCAGUCGGGCAGACAUAGUGGGACCUCCGUCUCCUUUGGUGGCAUUCACAAGCGAGUCGGCCAUGUCUCUCGGGACGAUCAAGCUGCUAGUUCUUGCCAAAAAUGUGUCAAAGAUAGUAGAUUUUAUUGUUUUUGAUAAACCGGCAGCCUAUAACAUCAUCCUUGGGACUCCGUGGAUUUAUCAAAUGAAGGCAGUCCCCUCGACAUAUCAUCAAUGCAUCAAAUUUCCAACCCCUAGUGGAGUGGAAACAAUUCGAGGAAGUCAAGACGCUUCACGAACGUGUUAUCUGACCAAAAGAGGAAUUGAAGCUAAUCCAAACCAAAUCAAUGCCUUUCUAAACAUGCCAUCUCCGAAGAACUUCAAGGAAGUACAGCGUUUGACUGGUCGAAUUGCAGCCUUAAACCGAUUUAUUUCAAGAUCAACGGACAAAUCUUUACCUUUUUAUCAAAUUCUAAAGGGAAACAAAGGGUUCCUUUGGGAUGAGAAGUGUGAAGAAGCUUUCGGACAACUUAAAGCAUACCUUACCACUCCACCAGUGUUGUCUAAACCCGAAGUGGACGAGAAGCUCUAUUUGUAUGUUUCAGUGUCAAAACAUGCAGUUAGUGGAGUCUUGGUCCGGGAGGACCGCGGAGAGCAAAAGCCGAUUUACUACAUAAGUAAGUCAAUGACAGAUCCAGAAACAAGGUACACAAUGAUGGAAAAACUCGCACUUGCAGUAGUAACUUCGGCCCGGAAGCUACGUCCGUACUUCCAAUCUCAUCCAAUCGAAGUGUUAACCAACCAGCCACUCCGAACAAUACUUCAUAGUCCAAAUCAGUCCGGACGAUUGGCAAAGUGGGCAGUGGAACUAAGUGAAUAUGAUAUAGAAUAUAAAAGCCGGGUCAGCAUGAAGGCUCAGGUUUUGGCAGAUUUCCUAACCGAACUACCAGUGCUGAGCACACCGGAGCAACCAGAGAAUCAGACUUGGAAACUGUAUGUAGACGGAUCUUCAUCAAAACAAGGAUCUGGGGUAGGAGUCAAGUUGGAAUCUCCAACGUCAGAAAUUCUUGAACAAUCAUUCCGUUUGUUGUUCAAUGCUUCUAACAAUGAGGCAGAGUAUGAGGCACUAAUUGCCGGACUUCGACUGGCACAAGGGGUUGGAGCUGAAGAAGUGGUUGCUUAUUGUGAUUCACAGUUAGUAGUUAAUCAGUUCAAUGGCGAUUAUGAAGCGAAAGACCUGAGAAUGGAAGCAUACCUCGAAGAGAAAACACAAACCGCAGAUGCACUUGCCGCAUUAGCGUCAACAUCAGAUCCUGAACUGAAAAGAAUUAUUCCGGUUGAAUGUAUCACGGAACGAAGCAUUAAAACUGACAAAGAAGUUCUCGUUGUUACAAGGUCUCGAGCAGCAGCGCGUGAACGUGGCGAGCCCGAGGUCGAGCUGCCACCUGUCAAACGGAGGAAGUCGAAAAAGCACAACAAGGAACCAGAUAUACUUCCAGAAACUGUUAUAGAGACGAAACCGUUAAUCGAAGACGACCAUCCCGAACCAGACCUUGAACCAAAUGAACAUCCCGAACCGGAACCACGAGUAUUUCAUGAGAUUGACCAAAUUCCGGCUAAAGAUUGGGGGGCUGAUUGGAGGGAGCCAAUAAAGCACUACAUCACGACAGGUGAGCUCCCGAAAAAUAAGUGGCAAGCCAGGAAAAUGAGAAUCGUUAGCGCGAAAUUUUGUCUAUCGAAGGAUACGUUGUAUAAGCGGGGUGUCAGCGACCCCUACCUAUUGUGCAUUUUUGGGCCCGAAGUCGAAAUCGUCGUGAGAGAAGUGCACGAAGGUCUGUGUGGGAGUCAUGCGUCUGGAAGGGCCAUGGCUUUUAAAAUAAAAAGGAUGGGCUAUUAUUGGCCCACUAUGAUCACGGAUUGUGUCAAGUUCGCUCAAAGGUGUAAACGUUGUCAACUCCAUGCACCGUUGAUCCAUCAACCUUCGGAGUUAUUCUCCUCCAUCUCUGCCCCGUACCCAUUUAUGAGGUGGUCGAUGGAUAUCAUUAGACCAUUGCACAGAUCAACUCGAGGAGUACAAUACCUGUUGGUCUUAACGGAUUAUUUUUCAAAGUGGAUUGAAGCUGAAGCAUAUGCUAGCAUCAAAGAUUCGGCGGUGAAUACUUUCAUUUGGAAGAACAUCAUAUGCCGACAUGGGGUUCCAUACGAGAUAGUUACUGAUAAUGGGCCACAAUUCAUUCAGUUAUUCUACUCCACGGGAGGAUGGUAUGAUGAACUCCAACCUGUCCUAUGGGCUUAUCGAACAACCCCUAGGCGACCUACUGGAGAAACCCCGUUCUCUCUAGUUUAUGGCAUGGAAGCAGUAGUACCGGCUGAACUCAACGUGUCCGGCCUUCGCCGAACAGAAGCACCAUUGAAUGAGGAAGAGAAUUCAGCAAUGCUCGACGACUCGCUGGAUACCAUUAAUGAAAGACGAGAUCAAGCUUUAAUUCGGAUACAAAAUUACCAGCAAGCAGCAGCUCGAUACUACAAUUCCAAAGUCAAAAGUAGGCCAUUCUUUGUAGGAGACUAUGUGCUAAGGCGAGUUUUCGACAAUAAAAAGGAAGAAGGCGCAUGCAAACUCGGCAUUAAUUGGGAAGGACCUUAUAUUGUUACCGAAGUGAUUCGAAAUGGUGUUUAUAGGUUGAAAGACUUAGAAGGUAGUCCAGUCCAGCGACCUUGGAACGUGAUCAAUCUAAAGAAGUUUUAUGUUUAAUAAUACGCAUUUUAUUAUGUACAUGAACUACGGUGUGGCUUGAUCCCGAAAUGGGUACGUAGGCAGCUCGAAAACGAGUUCAGCUAUUAAUGAAAAUUUGUUUUUAUU